AUGUCUAUAUCAAAAGUCCAAAUACACCCCAACGAUGGACUUCCAAAUACAAUAUGUGAAAAAUGCAUUACAAAACUUUAUAUAUGUAUAGAUUUUAUAAAACUUUGUGAAAAAUCUGAUCUACAGCUGAGAAAUAUUCAGAUGAACAGUGAUAUUAAAGAAGCAGAAAAAAUUAAAUUUGAGUUUGAUGAUAAAAUUUCUAAAUGUAAUAAAAAUAUUUCCUUUGCUAAUGGAAACUUUAAAUCAAAUAUAUUUGUUUUAGAGCAAAAAGACAAAAUUAUUCAAAAAAGGCAGUGUUUUAAAUGUGGAAAAAUUAUGUCAUCUAGCUUUCGACUUAAAACUCAUUUGGCCACGCAUAUCAAGGAUAAGCCAUACUCAUGUCCAUAUUGCAAAAGAACAUUCUCAUUAUCACAAAAUCUGAAUGUUCACUUGAGAGUUCACACGGGUGAAAAACCAUUCUCGUGCGUGAUAUGUGGAGAAUCAUUUGCUCAGUCGUCGGGGUUAACAGCGCACAAACGUAAGCACACCGGACAAACGCCAUACAAAUGUACUUUAUGUCCGCGCAGUUUUCGCACAGUGGGACAUCUACAAUAUCAUGUUAGGCGACACACUGGAGAAAAAACAUUUGAAUGUGACACGUGUAGUCGUGCAUUUAUUACACGUAGUGAUUUAAAACAGCAUUUAUUGACGCAUACUGGAGAAAAGUUACAUGUUUGUUGUUUUUGUGGAUUGAGAUUCUCACGCGCUUCAAAUUUAACACGCCAUAUGAGGUACCACCACAGCGAAGACAAACCUUACGAAUGUUCCCAAUGCCCUUUGAAGUUCAGGAGAAAGAAUGAUCUUGUUAAACAUGAAAAGAUACAUUCAAGCGACAUAAAAAUUAUUUGACUAAUGAUUGUAAUUUACCUUAUAAAUAAAAAGAGUAAAAUA